AAUAUAUUGAGGCAAUUUAUUGUUGUGAUAUUUUCUCUAUAUCAUAAUAUUUCUCUCAUUUUCCAUAAAAAAAAGCUUUUGCUUUUUCCUACACUUGAAAGAAAAUACAUUGAGAUGGCAACUUACGCUGCUCUUGCUUCUCUAAUGAGUGUCCUUGAUCAAAUCCAAGAUCAUCCUCGUAUUUCCAACUGCUUCCACAAGAAACAGUUGGAAUCUCUUUCCCAUCUUGUCGGUUUCUUGCUAGAUUUUGUUGAGAUUACUCAUUCUCAUGUUGGAGUUCUAAGCGAAGAAUAUGAAGUUUUGGAGAGCGAUAUUGCAUCAGCAUCCUAUGCGGCUGAAGAUGUAAUCGAAACUCAUGUUGUCGACCAAAUUCACUCCGGUUUGAUUUUGCUCGAUCUGCAGUCAGUAAUCGAAGUCAUUGAUUCUGUCAAGGAUAAGGUUGGCAAUUUUAAAAAAGAAAUGGGACUCAAAUUAGAUCAAAAGGAGGGCCCCGCGUAUUCGUUGCCUACUCCUCCUAGUACUUCUUCAUCAAGUAACGGAAAGAGCAAGAUGGUGGAAUUCGAUGAGGAGUUGAUUCAACUAUUGGAUGCUCUCACUGGCCGACAACCGAGUCUCCAAAUCAUCCCCAUUGUAGGUAUGGGCGGCAUUGGUAAGACUACUCUUGCUCGAAAUGCUUACGAAAGUCGAUUAAUUUUGAAUCAUUUUGAUAUUUGUGCUUGGGCUACAAUAUCUCAAGAGUAUAGUCUGAAAAAAAUCUUUUCAAAACUUCUUUCCCGCCAAACUAGUGGAGUGGGUCAAGAAAUUGAACAACAAUUAGGACAAAAGUUGUAUCAAAGACUCAUAGGUAGGAGAUAUUUGAUUAUAUUGGACGAUGUCUGGAGUAUUGAUGCUUGGGAAAAGAUGAUGUUUUUCUUUCCAGAUAACAACAAUGGAAGUCGAAUUAUCAUAACCACUAGGCUGUCAAAUGUUUCUAUUUAUUUUGGUUCGUCCUACUUCUCAAAGAAAUUUCUAGAUGAAGAUAAAAGUUGGAAUCUAUUUUGUGAAAAGGCCUUUCCACAAGAAGAAGUUUGCCCUCCUCAAUUAGAGGAAAUUGGAAAGAAGAUUGCUAAAAAAUGCAAAGGGCUUCCUUUAUUAAUUGUUGUGAUUGGAGGACUUCUUAGGAAGUCUUCUUGUACACAAGAAUAUUGGGAGAAUAUUUCACAAAAUAUGAACUCAAUUUUGGAUUCGGAAGAGCAAAACUUGGACAUAUUGUCUUUGAGUUAUAGGCAGUUACCUGCCCAUUUAAAACCGUGUUUUUUUUACACGGGAAUUUAUCCAGAGGACUAUGAGAUUCAUUUGUCAGAACUCAUCAAACUUUGGAUUGCUGAAGGAUUUAUAAAACCAAAUAAAAUCAAAAGUUUGGAAGAGGUUGGCGAGGGAUAUUUAAAGGAUCUUGUUGAGAGAAAUCUCCUUUCAGUUGGUAGGUUGAGGUUGAAUGGACAAAUUAAAACCUGCACUAUCCAUGAUCUUGUAAGAGACUUGUGCAUAAAGACAGCUGAGAAAGAGAAGUUUUUCUAUUUCAUCAGGUUUUGUGACAGUCCACGGGCCCUAACUAAGGAGCGUCGCAUUUUAUUUCUUGGAAAAAACUCAGAGAUAAAUCAUGAUCUACUUUCUCAUGCUCUUGAGUCAGCACCCCUUACUCGUUCUUUUUUACGCAAUGCAGGUUGGCGACCGGUUAGGUUUAGAUUGUUGAAAGUUUUUAAUGUGGAUUAUACCGAUUCUCUUCCAAGCGAUAUUUUUGAGCAAAUUAACUUGCGCUAUGUUUGGAUAUACUAUGAUUUCUACAAACAUAAGCAUUAUUCUCGUGAACUUCCUUGGACAGUAUCUCUACUCUGGAAUGUGCAGACAUUGAAAAUUGGAGGUUUUGGAAUUUUUUAUGCGCCGACUGAAAUUUGGUCAAUGCCACAACUUAGGUAUUUAGAGUUCGCAAGGUUAUGUCUUCCAACGCCUCCUUUGAGAAGCCAAGAAAAAGACGAUAGCAUUGUUUUGAAAAACUUGCACACACUUAAGACUGUGGUGGAUUUGAAUUUGAGUGAGGAGGUAUGUAAGAGAAUCCCCAGUGUCAAGAUAUUGAAGAUAAAGUACAACGACUUUUUGCCUGAGAGAUCUUCACGUGAAACCUUUAUCUACAAUAUUGGGUGUUUGCAUAAACUCGAAUCACUAAAUUGUCAGUUAGGUAACGUGCAACCGUGUGGUAAUUUAGUACGGAACCUCAAAUUCCCGACUUCGCUCAAGAAGUUGACCUUAAGUGGUCGUAAGAUUGAAUGGGAAGAUUUGACAACAAUUGGUUCGUCACCCAAUCUUGAAGUUCUCCAACUGAAAGAUGGUUCGAUGACAGGAUCGGAGUGGAACCCUGUCGAGGGGGAAUUCCUUCGCCUCAAAUACCUAUUUAUCAACAGCUGGGAACUGAAACACUGGAAUGCUGAAAGCUUCCAUUUUCCAGUCCUGGAAAAGCUAUAUCUCUCUGGAUUGUUACAUCUCGAUGAGAUUCCUUUGGGUAUAGGAGAAAUUCCAACACUUGCCCUUAUUCAUCUGUUGAGCUGCAACGAGUCUGCUUCCAUGUCGGCGAUGAGCAUACUCGAGGAACAAGAGAGUUUUGGAAACGAUCAUCUUCGAGUUGUAAUUCAGUUCUGGCGGAAAAUGGAACUAGAGAGGUUCACGGAAAAGGUGGUCGAUUUCGAGUGCUUCAAUAGCAAUAAUUUGCAACUCCAAAGUCUUGCUGAUUAAAAGCUUGUUUCAUUUUGGACAAAUGCCUAAGUUAUUACUUUUAAUUUUCAUUGCAACUCAAAUAUGUAAUUACAACUAGUGUUUUUAUAUUCAAAUAACAACUAUAAAUGUAUUAUGGCCGUGAUGUAAUAGUAUUCAGCUUAAGUAAUAAUUGUUAUUUUGGUUUGUUAAGAAUGAUGGGUAUUGUGAAA